UCGCCAUUUUCCGAAGUGCAAAGUUCUUUCGCAACUUGUGUUUGGCAGAUGAACUCCAGGUGUAACAAACAGUAAAGCUAGAAGUUGUUUUGGUAUAUUUUUAAAUCGUCGUAUAUUGAAACUGUUGCGAGUUUGAUGCUUUUCUCCCACUUUGCGAAGGUUUUCCACGUGGCUUCAAGGUGGACUGCAGGGUGAUGGUAGAAGCAGGCACCAGGGAGUACACAGUAUAGCCAUUUGUCGUUGAGAUUCCGUGGAUGCAAAUGUAAAGUUGGCUGUGACAUCGAGGAGUUUCCACCAGUUAUAUAUCAUAGUAUGCAUUGGGAAACGUGCAUUUAAGCAUCAAGGUACUGCGAGCAUGUCGUAAUAUGAGCAAAUUGCACGUACAAAUGUAGGAGUAUGAUUUCAUCCGGCCCAAAAAUGUAUAAUAGAAGCUAGCGAGGGUUAGGGAUGCGUGAUAGCGUAUCACGGGAAGUUACGCUGGAAAGACCAGCAGCAAACAUGGACGGUGGCACGUCGCAAGUCGGUAAUAACCUGGAGCGGGUCGCCACAAAUCGAGCCGAGGAAACCUACUCCUCGAACGUAAACUACGAGAUCGUUGCACUGAGCGAUGAGGACGACCAGGCAGACAUCACAGCAGUCACAAGUCUAGCUGGGAGUGGGGAAGGACGACUAGUUGAGAGGCAGAUUCAUGCAGUGGGGAACGACCAGGUAGUGCUGGCAACUGGAAAUUCUCUACCCGACAGCCUACCAGCUACAUGCAACAGUGUGCCCGACCUGAAGAGACACAGCCGAGAUCGCCACGCGAGAAGUAAGCACAUAUCCCUCGUGCAGUAUCCGGCGUCGUUGGCGCACGUGCCUGAUGCGAUGUUGCGUGAUUCCGACCACUCAGGGAGCAAGCCCUACCUCUGCAAGUACUGCGGCAAGGGGUUUCCAACCAGCACAAACCAGAAGCGUCAUGAGCGCAUUCAUGAGGGCGCCAGGUCGCACGGAUGCGCGCUCUGUCCAGCCGCGUUCAACAUCAGCGACGAUCUGAGAAAGCACAUAAAGAGCUGUCACAGGCAAGGCUGCCAUGCCUGCUACCACUGCAGCCUGUCUUUUGAAACGCAGCUCGAGUUGGAAGAACACUUGCCGACUCACAAGAGGAACCGAUGGAGUAACAACAAAGUAGUGAAGCGCUUAGCCGAGAAGGGGAUCGAUGCAAGAGUUGGUAACUCGACGGUGAAGUACAUCUGCUCCAUGUGCAAUAAGGCGUUUAGUCACUAUGGCAACCUGUGCCGCCACCGACGAUUGAGGCACGACGUGCAGUUCAAGUCGCAGUCGAGCUUUGGCAGAGCGGACGUCGUCGCCUCUUCGUACGUGAUUAACAUCGCCGAGAACGUGUGCGACAACGUGACGUAUUUCGUGGAUGGUACCAUCGAGCAGAUUGCUAGCCUCGCUAAGAAGAACUGCGGCGAGAAAGUUGCCGAGUCGACCAAGCCGCUAGUGAAUGCCGUCACGUGGUCCAAGUACAAUUUCCCAGACGGGUUCAAUCCAGUCGAACGUGCAGGCUUUGAUGAGCGAGUCAGCCUUGUGGAAGGUGUGGGUGAUCAGAACACUCCCGUUAGUGCUAUCGUAGCAUAUGCCAAUGGCGACCUGACGCCAGAGCUUUCAAUGGUUCAGCACGCGAAACACACGUUAGCUGGUUUUACGCACAAGAUUCCGGGCAUAAAAAGCGGUCUCGCUAGCUCCGAGAUACAUCAGUGCCAAAUCUGCAAGGUGUUAUUCAUAAACUACCCCUUAUACUCUCAGCACAUGCGGAGCAAACAUCCAAAGCUGGCCACGAACGACAGCGCUGCGCAAGAGCAAAGCCGCUCCGAUCAAGAAGCCGUCGCGCCAACAGCGUCCGCACACAAACAGCCGCGCUCCAAAACUCCCUCCAGCGCAGCAGCAUCGGCUCCGUGCAAGUGUGACGAGCCGCUAGACUUGACAGCGAGUAAACCGGACGCGCUUGCCGCCACGGCGAUGGGGCCACGGCGACGCACGUCGCCGCAGGUGCCACGCAACAGCGUCAGCGCCAAUUUCGAAAAGUGCCGCAACUCGAGCAUGUGCUUUGCGUGCAUGAAGGACUUCAAGGGCGAGUACACGCUGCUGCGCAAGCACCAGCAGAACGCGCACCCGAUCAUCGACUUUGGCGACUAUGACCUGAUCGUCAGCACGGGUCUGUGUCGCUACAUCAGCGCGGUCGGCGUGCUGUCGGACGGUGGCGGCACCGGCGGCGGGCAGCGGGCGAGCGAGCCGGCGCCGCGCGCGUUCUCGUGCACGAACUGCGAGCGCAGCUUCGAGUCGCUUGACGACUUCCACUCGCACAUCGUCUUCGAGUGUGCGACCGACGCGCUGCACAACCUCUCGAAGACGCGCUCGCCGCGCGGACGCCCGCCGAAGAACUCGCCGUGGCUCACGCGCCUCCGGCUGCUAGGCAAGACCAAGCGCAAGCUCAAGUUUGGCACGGCGGCGGCGGCGGCGGCGCAGCCCGCGACCAUCGAACAAGCGAACGGCGCGGCAGCGGCGAGCAAGAAGCGGAAUUCGAAGAAGCUGACAGAAGGACCGAUUACGAAGAAGCGUGCACAUCUCACGGCGUCGACGCUUUCGAAGACGCCGGCGCCGGGCGUCGACGGCAGUCUGAUCGACAUUCACAAGUGCGAGCCCUGUGAUAAGAGCUUCAGCUACAUCUCCUACCUGGAGAAGCACCUGAAGAUCUGCCCGCACUUUACGCGCGAGGGUCGCUCGGUCGACUCGCUGCAGGAGAAGCUCGAGGAGCAGGUGAAGAAGCAGCGCACCUGCCCGACCUGCGGACGGUACUUCCCCUUCUCAGCGACGCUGCGCCGACACCUACGCCAGGGCUGCGAUUCCGUCAAAGAGCUCGCGAAUCGCGACGAUGCGGCUGCGGCGGCGGAAGCGCGGGGUGACUCGAAGCAAGCUGCAAAGAAGCACAUUCACGCGGCGCCAGCGGGAAGCGAUUCGCCGGCGCUCGCGAAAUGCAACGAGCGAAGCCAGAUGCGUGCGACCGUUUCUGACGAGAUGAAAGUCGAUGGCGAGACCGCACCGGAGGCGGCUGCACCCGAGGAGAGGACGCCUGAGCCGACAGCUGCUGUCGACAUCGCUGAAGCAAUGGCUGCGCUGGCUUCACCCGUGAUGCCAGCCUCUGACAACAGCCUCGCAGCGCGCGAGACACUGAACGAGGACCCCACCUCUGCUGUCGCGAGGGUCGACGUCUCAGCGGUCGAGGAAACCGACGAUGUCGCCGGUGGCCUGGAGGAGCCGACGAAAGAGUGUCCGGCCAGCAGCGAGGUUUCGGUGUCGCCCGACGGCAGGAGUGCAAGGAAGCGCGGGACCGACGCGGGCAAGGUCGUCGAGCGUCGCGCGUCGCUGAGACACAGGGCCGGCAAGCACGAGACGCGCGCGAUGCAGCGCGCAGUCGACGAGCGUCCUCCGCAGAGCGGAAGGACAACCAGACGGUCGUUAUCGUCGGCGGCCAUGCCGGCGGCGCCGACGAAGGAAGCUUCGCCCGCGGCUAGCACGCCGAAGCGUCUCAAGUUGAGUCCCAGGAAGAAGGACACCGCCGGUUUCACGCCGGAGAUGUCGCAGCUACGCUCGCUACGGCACACCCGCAGCCGCAGCUUAGGUGGGGGCAGCCGCGCCGCUGCAAAGCCCACUGUGCCGAGUCUGACGAAGAGGAAAGGAGGUUGGCCCAAAGGAAAGCCGAGAAAACCAGUGGUUGCAAACGCAGCUGUGCGUAGUGAUACGAAUAACAAUAGUGGUGCAAAGUAGUAGCCGUUCAGUAUGGCUGCCAUCCCUAUGUGGGCUGUCUCACACAAUGCCAUGCCAUGCAUGAUGAAUUUUCGUACGUUGUAUAGUAAGAGCGUGCUAUAGUUGUAUUUACUUGUAUUCGAUAAUGAUAUAUGGACAGCACGAUAAUGCAGCCUUUAAUUAUGCACAGCCUUGGAAUGCAAUUGCAGUCUGCCUGUUAUCGCAAUUUUAUGCUUGGAACACAGGAGGCGAUUGAUAAAUAUCAUCGAAUAAAUAUUGAAAUGUUGUAGAGUCCACACACGAGGAACUAGCAUAAAGUAUCGUAAACAAUGUGAAGAGCCAUUUUGGUGGCAGGUUUAGUUUGGAUGUUUGCACCAUCUUGCGUAGUUUGCACGAAUUUGUAUAUAUAUACUGUCAUAUAUAAGGUUGGCCUCUUGGGUUUUUUCUACAUCUGCUUGCGUUGAUCAUAUGGUUUAGAAAACUGUGGUUGGCCACAUCGGUAAUUGAUACGGUGUGGCAGCAUUUAGGUGUCUCACGUUUAGGAAAUCUCUCUUAAUAUAGCUCUUUAUGUUACACGAUGCGUUGUAUAGUUCAGCAGCGCACGACUGACUGUCCAUUAAAACUCGAAACUUGAAUUUUUGUUUUAAUUGACAGGCUUAAAACCUCAAGUAAUUGCCUGAACUGGAAACUGCAGUUAGUUUUGCGUGCACGAUGUUCGUUGGUGUCGAACACGAACCGACCGUUAUGCCAUCGGCGCUGUUACUUCAGUACUUGCCGUGUAUGAGCAUUUGUUUGGAAGCUAAUUGUGAUGGGUUUGUUAACACUAACCGACAGCAGUGUGCAUCCGCUAUAUAGCGUCUCUGCGUUGAAAUCGGUGAGCGGCGGCGCUGUUUCAAUUUAUAAUGGUGCCGUUGUGCAAGCGUGUUCACUUCGAUUUAUUGUUGUCGUGUUUCGCACUCGGUAAUGUGCCUUUUUCCCCGGAGGAGUGAUUUACAGCUAGCUCAAUUCAUCCAAGUGGAUUGCUGUGUUCUAUGUUCAAAGAUCGUCAGCAGGAGCGAUUGGACACUGGCAUGCGGCCGUUGUUUGCGCUUUAUGCUUUCAUGCGUAAUAUGCAUAUGUAUAUAUAUAUAUGUAUAUAUACAUAUAUUUGAAUACAUAUAUAUAUAUAUAUAUAU